CUGGAUUUUUCCUUCAGUUCUAUCCAAACUCCAACUCUAUAACUACUACUCGCCCACUAAAAACUACAAAGAGAAAACAUCGUAUCGAAUAGCAGAUAUUUCAAAAAACUGCCGUGUUUAUAUCGUUGUCGUUUUGGUUCAAUUGUGGCUGUUCUGUACUUAGGAUGGACGCACCACACAACCUAGAGGGCAGGGAUCCCAAUGAUGAGCUGCGGAUCGAUCGAAUUGGUGAUGUGGCGGCUGGAGAUGCAGGCGAUGACACGGACGAAGGACAGCAACAUCUUUCGGGGAUGAAUCGUCAAAUGGCCAUCCUGCUGGAUGCUCCUCAAGAGCCUCCUUUGGCGAACUGGUUUCCGGCCAGAGAAGGACCGGAUGAACCGCCGCGUCUGCGCAAGAAACGCAGUUUCUACACCAUAGUCAAACCAUCGUCAUCAUCUCAAAGCCAGGAGCCGGAACAGUGCCUCCUAAUGGCCAACGUCACGAGGGCAAUGCGUCAUGUGCGGGAGGAACAUCAGAAGUACUUCGCCAAUUACUUGGUCGAGAACAUGACCAGUCAGAACUAUCCAAAUGGUGUGGGACUGCCACAACGCUGGGGUCAGUUCUGAUAAGUCAUACUUGUCCAGAAUUAGAAGAUCAAAAGAAGCUCUGCGGAACCUCAGAAGAUCGAUAGAGCUUUUCGGGAUCCCAUAGCCCAAUAUACACAUCCACCCGACUCAUUACUCACACUACAAGGCACUAUUGUCCCUUCUCCUCGAUUACACCUAUAUUAACAUACUUUGGACUGGAAAUGUUCGCGAUUCAAUGCUGUUGAAUAAAUAACACUAAUCAGCAAUGUUA